AUGUCAAACUCGCAGGCGGAGGACGUGGGCAGUUUGACCAAGAAAAUGGCUGCUCUGACUGCCACACUGAACGAUUCGAUAGCGCAAAACGAGGAGAGAUUCAAGAAUGCUCCGUUCCAUCCCCGUACUUCGGAGCACGUUCAGCAGAGCGCCGAACCGUCAAAGACUGCCCCGGCUGCCAAACAAAACGUUCCGUACAGAGCGAAAAUCGAGAAGUUGAGUGGCGAAGUGGUUGAUUCGAACCCGUACAGUCGUUUGAUGGCACUGCAAAGAAUGGGAAUCGUGAAGGAUUACGAGAAGAUUCGCGAGAAGACGGUCGCUGUCGUCGGCGUCGGAGGAGUCGGAAGCGUCGUCGCCGAGAUGCUCACCCGUUGUGGAAUCGGAAAACUGAUUCUCUUCGACUACGACAAGGUCGAAAUCGCAAAUAUGAAUCGCUUAUUCUACCAGCCAAAUCAAGCUGGACUCAGCAAAGUCGAGGCCGCCAGAGACACUCUAAUGUGAGCUGACUUUGCUCUUUUAUGUAAACGAAGCUUUUUGCAGUCAUGUCAAUCCGGAUGUCCAAAUCGAAGUUCACAAUUUCAACAUAACUACUUUGGACAACUUCAUGACAUUCAUCGACAGACUCAAGUGAGUACCAACCUCAUCGAAAAUAAAAUAGUGACUUUCUUCAGAAAAGGCUCGCUGACGGACGGAAGAGUAGAUCUCGUGCUCAGUUGCGUCGACAACUUUGAAGCCAGAAUGGCAGUGAAUAUGGUGGAGAAGCUGAAUGGCCAUUCAGUGACGAUCAGUAUUUUCAGGCUUGCAACGAAGAGAAUCAGAUCUGGAUGGAGUCAGGAGUCAGUGAAAAUGCCGUUUCUGGUCACAUCCAGUACAUCGAGCCUGGAAAAACCGCCUGCUUCGCGGUAUCUUUCAGAAAUUGUUUGCAAUGUUCAUAAUUGAAAUGUUUUCAGUGCGUUCCGCCGCUCGUCGUCGCUUCGAACAUCGACGAGCGAACCCUGAAGCGUGAGGGAGUCUGUGCCGCUUCCCUUCCGACAACUAUGGCCGUGGUAGCCGGAUUCCUGGUGAUGAACACCCUCAAGUACCUGCUCAACUUCGGAGAAGUCUCCCACUACGUCGGCUACAAUGCUCUUGCUGACUUCUUCCCCCGUGAAAGUAUCAAGCCGAAUCCAAGUUGCGAUGACGAGCACUGCAAGCUCAGACAAAAGGAAUAUCAGGAGAAGCUGGCCAACGAGCCAGUGGAAAUCGAAGUGGAGAUUCAGGAAGAAGAAGCCGUUGUGCAUGAGGAGAAUAACUGGGGAAUCGAAUUGGUCGACGAGUCGGCUCCAGUUGCUGUGGAACCAACUACCAACGUCGGCGAGGGACUGAAAUACGCGUACGAGCCGGUAAAGAAGGAGCCAACGGAAGAUCUGUCGCCAGCACAAGCUGCCACCCAUGAUAUCAUGCAGUCAAUUAAGGAUAAACUGUUGAAGGAGGCGAAGCAGAAGAAGGACACCAACUAA